CUAUAUCUAUCCUUUUCCAACACAUUAACACCCGACGAGUUCGCACAGUCCGUAGAUCAGGGAGCUGUCAGCCGGACAUUUUAACCUUGUUACUGCUUGUUACCUAAUAAAAUUCAGCUGAAAAUGUUGUCCAGAGCCUCCUUGUUAUCCGGGCAAAACCGCGCUUUAGUCGCGUUUGCAAGGGCAACUGGAACUACCCCUGCAAACAGUGCACCUGCAGCUGAUGCGGCAUCCGGCAGUGUAUCCCGACCUGUUCGUGGAGAGCCAGGCAAAGUCCGUAUGGGUUUCCUGCCUGAGGAAUGGUUCACAUUCUUCUACAAGAAGACUGGUGUCACUGGACCAUACACUCUUGGUGUCACUGUGAGCACAUACCUGAUCAGCAAGGAAAUCUAUGUGAUGGAACAUGAAUACUACUCUGGUCUGUCUCUGCUUCUGAUGAUCUAUCUUGGUGUCACUAAGCUGGGACCUUCCAUUGCCCAGUAUCUGGACAAGGAAAUUGAUGAUUAUGAGAGGAACUGGAACGAAGGACGCGUCAAUGAAAAGGAGGUCCUCCAGACCCAAAUCAAGGGUGAAGAAAAACUGCAGUGGUCCGCUGAGGGUCAGAACAUCCUCUCGCAAGCAAAACGCGAGAACGUUCAGCUGCAACUGGAGGCUGCGUACCGCGAGCGCAUGAUGAACGCGUAUUCCGAAGUUAAGAAACGCCUGGACUUCCAGGUCGAGAAGCAGGACAUUGAAAGGCGCGCCGCGCACAAGUGCAUGGUCGACUAUGUUGUCAAGAAGGUCAAGAGUUCCAUCACCCCCGACCAGGACAAAGCCAACAUCGACAAAUGCAUCGCUGAUCUUGCCGGUCUCGCAAAAGCUUAAUUAAGCGAGCUGGUCGGCCAGCUAGGAGAGUUACAAUUUAUAAAUAAAAAACAUUCUCUGUUAAGUUAAAUAUGUCCUAUUACUACAAAUGAAGAACAGCCCUGUAUGCUUAGAACGAAUAGCGCAUUUUCUUUGAAUGUAGUGUGAUCGGAAUAAAAAAACUUUAAAAUUA